AUGACGGAAAACCUUAAGCGUAAGCCAGCAGGAAUAGAGGCAAAUCACUGGAAAAAGUUUAUUCAAUAUCUGUUGAUUGAGGACACACAGGGGAAGUGUAUAAAAAAUGCCAUUAAUCGUUCAAAGCAACUGUACACACAUACCGGGGGUUCUAAAACGAUGGCAAGAAAGAGACACGAAGAAGAGCAACGACAGGGAAGGCAUAUUGGUAGAGGAGAAGGAUGGACCAUGAGUCAUAAAAAAAAGAAUGGUUCGUAUAUGAAUGAAGAUGUGCGUCUGGUUGGGGAAGCAAUUGAGCAUAUUGAGAGCCAAGACCCCUCCAGCAAGGAAUUUUCACAGAAUGAUUUCCUUGCACAAGUGCUUGGAAAGGAGCACCCAAGAAGAGUUCGUGGACUCGGUCUUGGUCCAUGUCCCAGUCAGUGUUUUCGUAACAUUCCACAUCAGUCUGACUACGGUGUACAGAUUGAGGAGUAUCAGAUGGAGAUUGUAAAACUUAAGGCGGAUGCAGCAGCAGCAGAGGAAAAGGCAAAGAGACAGAGAAUGAAGGCAAAGGCAGCAUAG